AUGCCCCCCUCCAUCGGCCUCAUAAUCUGCAGCCAGCGCACUCCUCGCGCAGGCCCCCAGAUCGGCACAUUCAUCCACAACGCCAUCCGUGAAUCCUACCCCGCUGAAAAAACCACCAUUACGACCAUCGACCUGGCAGAAUGGAAUCUUCCACUCUACAAUGAGUCAGGGAUGCCAUCGCGCUUCAGCUCAGCAGAUGAGUACGAGCACGAGCACACCAAGGCCUGGUCACGGGAGAUAUCGCGCCACGAGGCGUUUAUUUUCGUCACACCGCAGUAUAACUGGGGGUAUCCGGCGAGUGUGAAGAAUGCGAUUGAUUACUUGUUUCAUGAGUGGAAGGGGAAGCCGGCGUUGGUGGUGAGUUAUGGGGGGCAUGGGGGUGGGAAGGCGGCGGAGCAGCUGAGGCAGGUGUUGCAGGGGGUGAGGAUGAGGCCGUUGGAGAGGAUGAUCGGGUUGAAGUUUCCGGAGAUGAAGGAGGUUGAGAGGGCGGCUAGAGGGGAGGAUUUGGGAUUGGAUGGGGAAGGGGGGUAUUGGGUUGGGGAGAGGGAGGGGAUUCAGGCUGCUUUUGGGGAGUUGAUUGCUGCGCUGGAGGGGGAGAAGGAAUAG